AUCCGAACCGGUUCAUUAAAACCGGUAUGCGACGGUUUGUUUGAUCAUCUUCCACUCACUAAAAGCAAGCUCAUCAUCCAGUAGAGCACAGAUGCUUCGAUGGUAACGCUGUCGUUUCCAUCUCCCUCGCUCUCUUUCGUAGAGAGCGGGACAUGUAGUAAAUCAACUCACGUUUCUCGGGUUCUGUUCUCUGGUCCGGAUGAGGUUCACGGAGAAUCGUCUGAACCAUCCAAGAUACUAAGAGAUGUUCAUAUAUCAGAGAGGUUGAUGGAGGAUUUCACUGAGCUAGCGAGAGAGAACACUGAGAAGGACCUCGAGACUUGUGGAACUCUCGCUGCCUUCCUCGAAAGAGGAGUUUUUUAUGUGACCACUCUGAUAAUACCUAAGCAAGAAUCAACUGCGAACUCUUGUCAAGCCAUGAAUGAAGUGGAUGUGUUUUCUAUACAAAACGAAAGAGAGCUUUAUCCUGUUGGGUGGAUUCAUACUCACCCUUCUCAGGGCUGUUUCAUGUCAUCAGUCGAUCUGCAUACCCAUUACUCGUAUCAGGUUGUUAUGUGUUGUUUCUUUAUGGGUUUGAGACAAUUCAGUUCUCAGUUUCUAUCACGUCCUUUUCAGGUAAUGGUGCCAGAGGCUUUUGCAAUUGUCGUGGCUCCAACAGAUAGCUCUAGGAGUUAUGGGAUAUUUAAGCUAACGGACCCUGGAGGAAUGGAGAUACUGAGAGGCUGCUCGGAGACAGGAUUCCACCCACACAAAGAACCGGAAGAUGGAAACCCGGUUUAUGAGCAAUGCUCAAACGUCUACAAGAACUCCAACCUUAGGUUCGAGAUUUUCGAUCUGCGCUGAGGU